AUGUCUCCUGCCCUCAGCGACAUUCCAGUGGUAACGUCGCAGCAAGGCUUGAACAGCACAACUUGGACCCGCCCACCGCUGUUCAGUUCCCUCACGAUACCCGAACUCUACGCGUUCCACGCAGAGAAGAGUCCAAACCAUCCUGUUAUCGUGUUCGAUGACGAGCAUGGUAAUGUGCAAACGCUGUACCACAGGGACGUCUUUCGGGGUAUCCGCAAAGCGGCGAAGAUAGUUUCCGAACGGCUGCCUCAGACCAUGCUCGAUAACGAUGGACAUACCACCAUUGGUAUCCUUGCGGUCACUGAUUCUCCGACGUACCUUACCAUUCAGGUCGGGAUCAUGUACCUCGGCCACACGCCGUUCCCUAUCUCUGCGAGAAACUCGUCGGUGGCCGUCGCGCAUCUGAUCAGGAUCACUUCUCUUCGCCAACUCUUCGUUAGUCGCGAUGCGGUUAUGCAGCGCAUCGCGCACGAAGCGAAGGAACAGCUCGCGCAUGACGGGUAUGAGGUCGAGUUGCUUCCCUUGCCGGAGUUCACCGACCUCUACAACGAUGCCAAUGAGCCGGGUAUCCCCAUGGGUCGCAUCGUCCCAGAUAAACCUGCUCUUAUCCUCCAUUCGUCUGGAUCCACCUCGUUCCCCAAGCCUAUCACCAUUCUGCAUCGCACCUUCUCUCAGUGGGGUUACACGCCCUAUUUCUCCAACACGGACAUGUGCGGCCUGCGUGUCUCAUUCCACGGUUUGCCGCUGUUCCACGUCAUGGGAACAUUCUCGAUCGCCUGGAUUGUCGGGACAGGCGUAACGGCUGCCUUCUUUAGGCCCUCCUCGCCACCCAUCGCGUCGACGCCUGAAACAUUGUUGAACGCUGCCGUCGCUUCGAAGGUCGAUGGCCUUGUCUGCGUACCUACCUUCCUCGAGACAUGGGGACGCGAUCCGGCCAACGUGCCUGUUCUUCAACAGUUGAGAUUCAUCUUGUUCGCUGGCGCACCCCUCAGCAAGGAAAUCGGGGGCUUGUUGCAUAACAGUGGCGUGAGGCUGGCCACAGGCUUUGGGGCCACAGAGGUGGGGGCGCUCACGAGGGACAUAUUCCCGUCUGACCUAGCCCUCAGGGGCGAAUGGGAGUACUUCGCCCUGACUCAUGUUGUGGAGCAGGCUCGUAUUUACCAGGAGGGCCAGCCGGGAGUCUUCGAACUCGUCAUAUUGGAGUCUGAGACCAUGUGCCCAAAUGUUUUGAACACCGAGGUUGACGGACGUCGGGGAUACGCGACGAACGACCUUAUGAUGGAGCAUCCGGAACACAAGGAGUAUAUGAAGGUCGUCGGUCGCAAGGACGACCAGAUCAUCUUGUCUACGGGAGAGAAGACUAAUCCAGUUCCCAUGGAGGCGAUAUUGCUGCGAGACUCCAACAUUGCUGCAGCCAUCAUCUUUGGUCGUGCACGCACGCAGAAUGGCGUCAUCAUUCAACCUAAGGAACCAUUCGACCCUAGCGACGAGGUGAAGUUGGAGGCCUUCCGGAAUCAGAUUUGGCCAACGGUCGAGCGCGUCAACGAGUUCGCACCCUCGCACUCGCGGUUGUUCAAAGAACUCAUCACAGUCACGAAGCCGAACAAGCCGUUCCAGUACACGGCGAAGGGAACGCCCCGUCGUCACGUCUCACUAGAUGAGUACGCAGAAGAGAUCGAAGAGCUGUACAAGAAGCUCGAAGAAUCCUCACAAGUGGAUAUCCCUGUUCCCCCUUCCUGGUCAGCUGAGACUGUGCGAACGUACGUCCGAGGGGUGGUCAAGAAGGUUAUGAAGGUGCCCAACAUCGAAGAUGACGACGACCUGUUCCAGCAGGGCGGCGAUAGUUUGCAAGCUACCUGGAUCAGAAAUACAGUGCUUCACGCUAUCAGGACCACAACCAAGCUCUCCGUUCAUGACAUCCCACUGAACUUUGUCUACAACAACCCGAGCAUAACCCAACUCGCUUUCUUCCUUCUCAGAAUCCUGUCUGGGACAGCCGUAGGCAAGGAAGAAGAGCGUGCCUCUCGCCUUACGCAGAUGGAGUCCAUGCUGUCGAAGUAUUCUAGCACAUUUCCCAAGCCGAGCUGGCGCGGGACGUCAUCCAGUAACGUCAGCCACAAUGGCCACGGGCUUUCGCAAGAGACGAUCCUCAUCACGGGGACCACCGGCCGCCUCGGGUCUCAGCUGCUCACUCAGAUCCUCGCGGAACCUGAAGUCGUGCAUGUCUACGCCUUGAACCGUGGCGUUCCCGGGGAUAGCGCAACCCUUGAGAAGAGACACCGUGAGGUGUUCCGUGCCUGGAACCUGGACGAGCACGUAUUGGAUGGUGGAAGGGUGACCUUCUUAUCCGGAGACCUGUCGAAGCCAGGGUUCAACUUGGAUCAGCGGACGUUCGAGCAAUUACGCGCCUCCGUCACGGCUAUCAUCCAGAACGGCUGGCGUGUCGACUUUAACGUCUCCUUGCCAUCAUUUGAGCCCCUCCUUGCUGGUGCACGCAAUGUCGUCGACUUCGCUUUGAGCUCAGCUGUGGCGGGUGGGCCGAGGCUUCUUUUCGUCAGCUCUAUCAGCGCGCUCUUCGGAUACUCGUCCACGACGCCGGCUCCCGAAUCGCUUGAAUAUGGUCCAGAAUACGCACUAGGGACUGGAUAUGGCGAGAGCAAGUGGAUCACAGAACAAAUGCUAUGGCGGGCGACAAGGGAAACGGGCCUCCGCACGACAUCCGUGCGUGUAGGCCAGCUGAGCGGCGACUCGCAAGUAGGUGGUUGGAAUAUUAAAGAGUGGAUUCCAUCUAUCGUCCGAGCAAGCAAGCGACUAGGCCUUGCACCUGAAAGAGACGACACUGUCUCUUGGGUUCCGAUCGACAUCGCGAGUGCAGCGCUUCUUGAGAUGCUGUACAGUGACGAGCCUAUCUUGCAUCUCACCUCGCCCAAACCGGCCUCUUGGAACGACGUGUUCCAACCGAUCGCGAAGAAAAUCGCAGUCCCUCUCGUAUCGACUGCAGAGUGGCUCGAGAAACUGAAGGAGUCUGCACGCGCAGCGAACGAGGUGCAAUUGCAGACGGACACGCACGAGUCUGCGCAUACUCUCAUCGAUUUCUUUGAGGCGUCCUUGUCGAACAAGGAAGUGUUAUUUGCGACCCACAAGGCCUCAGCCGCUUCGCGUACUCUUGCAAGACUGGGGCCACUCGGUGAGGCAGAUGCAUUGAGGUGGGUGGCUUACUGGGAGAGCGUUGGGUUCUUGAAUGUAUGA